AAAUAAUAUGAGUAUAAUUUUUCAAAUUUGAACUAUUCAAGUAUUCAACAUUUAAAUCAUAAGUGAUAAGUCACACAACAUAUACGAAUCAAUGAUUCAAUGAAGCAUAAAUCAUUCAUGAUUCAUCAACAAAUCAACAAUUAAAAAAAAAUUAAAACAUACCUUCGGCACUACCGCUGGCCCGCAGCUCGGUGCCUUCCUCACCUUCGUUUCGUCAAUCGUCACUUCGUCGGACUGUGGGAGACGGCCGACGGGGACUAGGAGUUCGGAGUUCCUGGCGUGGCCGCGUGGGCGGUGGGCGGUGCCGCAGAUCGGAGUUCGCCGGCGUCUCGCCUCUCGCCGUCUCGGUCUCGCCUCUCACCAUCUCGCGUGCAGGGCUCGCCGGGUCGGGAAAGGCCAAAAGGGGGGAAGCGGGGAACGGGAUUUGGGAUUUGGGAAAGGCUGAAAGGGGUACGGGAAUGGGCCAAAGGGGGAACGAGAAUUUGGGCCGAGCAGACAACUGGACAAGGGAAAGGGGGAUUGGGAUUGGGCUGCAGGGGCCCAAGUUAAUAAAAAUUAAUAAUAUAUAUAUAUAAUAAAAAAAAUCACUGGGGGGCCCGGGCACCCUAGCCCUAGGGUGGGUCCGCCCUUGCGAGGAUCUAAUUGACUUUUUUAAUAUAGUACAGGAGCUUGUUUGACAGUUUUCUCAACAACCAUUUCAAGCAUUAAAGUUCAAAUAUAAUAAAAACUGAAAGCUUAACAAAAAGUAAAAUAAAAAUACACUGAUUUCAAUUCAUAACUAAUACUUAUAUUAAUAUCUAAUUAUGAAAGUGAACGAGCAACGGAGUUGUAACCUUUACAUAUUUGGUCUUCAAUGAGGAAAUUGGCAAAAAGAAGAUACCAGCUUCAAGUAAAUAAAACCAAAAAAAGUUUGGGUUGGUGAACCCUUAAAAUCUGAAAUGACACUUCUCUAUUUGUAGGUGAUGAACUAAAGCCACGUUAAAAAUAGUGAACACAGAUAUGCAACAAACACAAAUGAUACAGAACUAUUCCAGAAAAUUCCAUUUAAUAUUGGAGUUACAUAUUUGCUUUUGGAUCAGCAUAGCUCAAACAAACAAAUAUUUGAUAGCCUCCUUACUUUAUGAAAGUUGUUUCAUUCAAUUACUCCCUCUGUUGACAAAAAUACUUCUCACUUUCCUUUUUGGGCUGUUCCCAAAAAUACUUUCCACUUUCCCAUUUUGGACAAUUUGUGUGGCUCACAUUCAUUUUACCCUUUUCUUACACAACCACAAUCAUACAUUUCCACUUUAUUGCACUUUCUUAAUAAGCGUGACAAGUCAAACUGGGAAGAAUUUUUAGGAACGGAGGGAGUACGAUUUACUUCAGAGGCAAACUUCCAGCUUUUGAAAGCAAAUUGAUUCAAUUUUGAUUUUGCUUUUACUUGUUUUUUAAAAGAAGAAGAAUAAUCAAAAUCAAUUUGUCAGCUGAUCUUCCCAACUCCUAAAAAACUACUUCUAUGAGUAAUUUAGAACAUCCCGAAGUACACCACUUUCACCCAAACACUCUAAUACUAAGUUUUUGUUUCCCAAGGAGCACAAGCUUUUUAAAAACAAAUCCAAACACCCCUAUAUAUACAAACAAAUUGUACCGGAAGAAGAACACUAAUAAACACACGUACAAAUGGAAUGAAUCAUCACAUGAUUCACACCCCCAAAAAAAUCAGCUCAUAAAUAUUAUGAAUAAGAUCGCAAAAUCAAAACCCCAAAAUCAAGCUUCUGAAUAAGAUCAGACAUCUAGACCAUAAUCAAAAAGAUGAACCCAAAAAUCCCUAUGUAUAAACCAAAACUUAGCAAUCUGAAUUAGGGGAAAUUAAAAAGAAAACAAUAUACGCUUACCUAUAUAGGGCUUCGUCGCUGAUGAAGCCAUGAACUUAUCGGGAUGGAGAAUUUGAAAAUCGAGAAUCUGAGAAAUGAAUAGAAGACCAAAAUAAGACAUCAUAUUCUGGAAUGAAUCGAUAGGACUAUUUUGAAAAUCGAGAAUCUGAGAAUUUGAAAAUCGAGAAUCUUAUCGGGAUUUGAAAUAAAUAGGACAUCAUAUUCUGGAAUGAAUCAAGCUUUUCAGCUUCAAUCUAUUCCUACACUUAAAUCUAUUAUGGCAUCAGAGCCUCUAGAGCUCUAACCAGCCAAUUUUAUCAUAGGAGUGUCUGCCAUGGCUACUGAAGAAAACAGAGAAGAUUCUCAAGGUAACUCAAACCCACCACUCUCAGUCAACAACUCCCUAACCCCGAUGGCCUUAUCAUGCUUAACCCUAGUCAGUUCCCAGAAAAAUUAGAUGGAUCCAAUUACCUUGUAUGGAGAGACCAGGUGAUGGACCUUCUGUUCGGUGCUCACCUAGAUCAGUACAUUGAUAAAAACACCAAUCCCCCUCCAAAAAAUGAAGCAGACAACCUUCUCCGGUGGAACAGACAGGAUCGUCUGUUGCGGCAUACCCUGGUCUCAUCUCUCAGCUCAGCUUGCAAGCCCCUGGUUGGAUCUUCCAAGACCUCUGCCUCCGUAUGGAAGACCCUGGAGCCUCUAUACGGGACUCGGUCUGCCUCCAAAAUCCGAAGUCUCAAAGAUCAGUUCCGCCAUAUGAAACAAGGCUCCCAACCUGUCAGCGAAUACCUUCAUCACCUUCACACACUUGCGGAUGAACUCGCCAUGGCCGGCCGACCAGUUGACGACGGGGAUUUUGCCAUUCAAGCCCUGGAAGGUCUUCGUCCCGAAUUUGAAGCUAUGGAGAAUUCCAUUCGUCCAGAUGAGGUUACGUUUGAAGAUGCGCAGGAAAGAAGCCUUGAAUCCCACCGCCGUUGUAAUUGCGAACGCAGCUGUUGUUGAAGAGAAGAGCGAGGGUAGCGUUUCUGCAGCUAUGGUCGUUCGCAUAACUCCAGAUCAGCGCACAUCUAUUUUAGGCCCAACUCCAAUACUCAGAUUCAAAAUUUUGGCAGAAGUCAGAAUAGAGGUCAACGCCCCUACAAUUUUUACAAUUCCGGUUGGCGUGGAAACAGUACUCCCGGGGGCAUCAAUAAUCACCUGUGCGGGCGUACCAAUUUUGGGGUUAAUACCAGGUCAAGUUCGGUUAUUAUAUGUCAAUUUGUGGCAAAUCGGAACCAUCUGGCUAUUAAUUGUUGGCACAGGUUUGAACAACAAAAUUACCCGCCCCAAGCCAAUACUGCCACGACCAGGAAAAAUGGAUGGUUACUCGAUUCGGGGGCAACUAAUCAUGUCACCAAUAAUUUAAAUAACCUCACCUUGGCGCCCGAUUACACCGGCACACACUCCCUAAUUAUUGGUAACGGUAAAAGUCUUGUGAUUGCACAAGUUGGAAAUAUGACCCUUCAUUCUCUAUCCUUACCUAAUACUCUUUUUAUCCCUUCUAUUCAUACUAACUUAAUUUUUGUUGCUAAAUUAUGUCGUGAUAAUGAUGUACUAAUCGAAUUUCACCCUUUUUUUUGUCUUGUUAAGGACCCGGAAAAUGGGAGCAAUUUUGUUACGGGGUAUGAAUAACGGUGACGUCUACAGCUUGCCUGAUGUUCCAGUUCCCGCGUCUCGAAGUGUUAACAUUACUACAAAAUUUUCUCUAAAUAAAUGGCAUUGCCGUUUAGGACAUCCUGUCCUUCCUGUCACUCAAAAAAAUUUAUUUCCUCAUUAGGUAUUAAUUUUAAAGAUGUUAGUAAGGGUCUAUCUCUUUGCACUUCGUGUGCGAGUAAUAAAAGUCACCAGUUACCUUUUGCUAAAUUUUCUAUUUCUAGUUCUGCUCCUCUUGAC